CUUUGGCGUAGCAAAGUGCACGUUGACGCAGCGAUUGUUCAGAUCAAAGAUCGUGGUGUCGCAGUCGCUUCGUACGGGUUUGAGUGGCGGCGCGUGAUUGGUCGGCGUCGCAUCUGGGAAGGGAGGGCUGUGCGCACAUCCCAUGAUGCUUCGCGCGUAAAUCUCGAGACGACACGAAUACGAGCGAGCCUCUUCCUUCCACUUCCUUCUCCGUUCGGCAGCCGGGCAGUGUGGACGUGCACGUAAGGUAUUGGCAGUACAUAGCGGCUUUGUUCGUUGUGCGGUGUCGGAAAUAGCACUUUUGUGCGGAAGUGCCUUGCACUGUGCAACGUAGAAGGUACCUACGAUAAGUAUCACGAUGGCCGAUCAGGAGAACAAGGAUUUCAGUGAAGAUAUCGCGGAACAGAACUUCGCGGAGCAGAACGGCGAGGCCGAGAACGGCGGUGCCGACGGCGACGCGAUGGAAAAUAACCAGGAGUCGCAGGAGGAGAGGUCGACCGGGGCUAACCAGGAUUCUCUGAAUGAUAGGAAAUUAUUUGUUGGCGGUUUAAGUUGGGAAACAACUGACAAGGAGCUGAGAGAACAUUUCAGCACAUAUGGCGAUAUUGAAAGCAUAAAUGUCAAGACAGAUCCUAAUACAGGACGAUCGAGAGGAUUCGCCUUCAUUGUUUUCGCUAAGGCUGAAUCUCUCGACAAGAUUAUGUCGGCUGGUGAUCACGUUAUCAAUAACAAAAAGGUAGAUCCCAAGAAGGCAAAGGCACGACACGGUAAAAUAUUUGUCGGCGGUCUCUCGACGGAGCUCUCCGACGAAGAUAUCAAGAAUUUCUUCUCGCAAUUUGGAACCAUUGUCGAAGUGGAGAUGCCGUUCGACAAAACGAAGAAUCAGAGGAAAGGAUUCUGCUUCAUCACCUUCGAAUCUGAGCAGGUGGUGAAUGAGCUACUGAAAACUUCGAAGCAAACGAUAAACGGUAAAGAGGUUGACGUUAAGAAGGCAACGCCAAAGUCUGAUGGUAUGAUCGGUAUGCGCGGCGGGCCCGGCGGUCGUGGCGGUCGUGGCGGCAGAGGCGGUCGCGGUCGUGGUUUCGGCCAAGGAGGAUGGGGUCAAGGUGGCUAUGGCGGCGGCUACGGCGGCGGCUACAGCCAGGGAGGAUACGGCGGUGGCUACGAUGGAUACGGAUACGACUAUUACGGUGGUGGUGGGUACGGAGGUUACGGCGGGUACGACUACAGUGGAUACGACGGAUAUGGCUAUGGCGGUGGUAGUUACGAUGGUGGCUACAGUGGUGGGCGCGGUGGUGCACGCGGUAAAGGAGGCUCAGGCUAUGGCGGCAAGCAAAGGGGUGGUCGUCAGAACCAGAGGCACCAGCCUUAUUAAAUGGGAAUCCUUAUUUAUGACUGCAAUGCAAAUUGCAUUGUAACUGCCGGUUUCACGAAGAGCAGUUUCCGUUCGUAACAUCCAGACUCAUCCAAUCAUUCCACUAGAUUGCAUUAUCCUUUACCGAAAUCUUACAGAUCGAUCGAUCCUCCAUCUCCACUUAUCGUCAUAAGAAAUUGACAGCAAUAUAGAGGCGCGCGUUUGCUUUGCAUCCUGUAUAUAUGAACAAGCAUAUAUACACACACACACACACACGCAUGUGAAUGCGCUUUAUUUUUCUUUUUUUCGUUCGAUAAUCGUGAAGAUAUUCGCGCACGCACUCAGACAUAAAAAGCACCGCGCGUGGACCCGCGCGCGCGCGCGUAUCAUGAAUACUUAAAUGUAACCGAUUAAUUACAAAGGACACACUCCUCGCCAGUUACUCAUCAGCGAUAAGCUGCUCUUUUGUCGCCAUGCGGCCAGAGUGAAAAUGAUGUCUGUCGACAUCACGACGACGUACCAUUGGAUGAUUUCGAGGACAAAGCAGAUGCUUCUUGCUGAUCAGUAGACAGCGGGCAAUGUGCUUUUUGUGAGGCGCGCAUAAGCGCCGUGAUAUAGAUGGUAGAGACGUCAAAUUCAUAAUGAUCGAGAUAUGAAACGAAUGACGAACAGAUUAUUGCUUCCUUACUAGUACGAUAGGAUCAAAUAAAUCCGUCUUUGUGUACAUAACGUGUCUCGUGUAUACAUUUUUGUAGUUUUGCUGACCACCUGUAGUAGUAACUUUUUUUUUCUUUUUAAAAUGCGACAUAAGGCUUGUUUGAAACAUAGAGAUAAUUAUCGUUUGUAAUGCUAGAUUUAAAUAAGACUGACACACAAUACACGUACACACACACACACAACAUGCAGACACACGAGGAAAACUUAUCAUACUCGUUGAUAAAAGGAAAAAAAAAAAAAAUAUAA